GCCCUCAGCAGACAAAGCUCGCCCCAGACCCAGCCUGCCCUGUGUGACACUAUUACAUCGGAGCUGGUGGGACUGAGACAGAGACUGGCCGCACACUGGCCUGUUUACAGAACAUGGCACAAGCUUACAGACCUGCCUACCUUCAACACUGGUGUUAACAACUUACAGGGACUGGACCAAGAGCAUGAAAUGUGUUCCAUAGGAGGAACUUCGUUCCAGUGGUCGCCCCUCCCUUCACCAUGUACACAGUGCAUGAAGAGGAGACGGACCGAGUUUAGUCCUGCGCUGUUGAACAAAACUGGAGAUGUGGUAAGAAGAGAGAGUACAUUUCAGUCUGUGCGCACUACUACAUCGCUGACAAAACCAACUCGUGAUACAUCAAGUAUUGAACAGCGAAAUGCAAAAGUGACGUCAUUUGGUAGCAAAGGAAAACCCAAACCAACAAAUGGGAAGACAGCGAAAGCACCGCAGGCAACUUCAGCCGGAGACACCAAAAAGAAAACGACUUUGCAAGAAAAUGACAUUGAGGAGGCAGCGCGAAAUCUAAGCCACGACCAGGGAGUUCGCUCUGAUUUGCCGUUACGUUCUCUUAAAAGUCAAGGAGCCAUAAAAAUGGCCGGUCUGCAGGAUUCAAUGCAUAAAAAUGCGGAGAGGGACCAGCUAAAAUAUCAAGCUAUCAAAGAGCGGGGUCCAGGGGGAGACGUGAAGCUAUUAGCGAGUCAAACGGCGGGUCGGAAAAGUCUUCCGUCUUCAGUGAAACCAAAAGAGAGAAGUACAACUACAAAUGAGUUAGGGAGGCCAUGUCGGGUCGCUCCUCUCUUCAAGAAAACUGCUUCAAGUGUGCGAACAAAUGUGGUACCUGGCCCAUCGACGUCUAAGGCAAAAUUGAAGGAUGCAACUGGAAAAGGGCAGGUGAAAAGUGGGGAAACAGGAACCCUGCGGUCGUGCCCCAUGUGCCAAGAGGCGUUUCCUCCUGGAAUGAGUCAGUUGGAGACAGACGGUCACAUCGCGGCCUGUCUGUCCGCUAGCAGUGAGGACAUCAUGUGGUGACUGGUGCCGCUGAAGCCGGCAUCUAUCCUCAGUCUCUUGUAUCGGUGUCUCAAGUGGCUUUGAACUUAGCUGCUGGAUAUCAAUUUUAAACUUGUGAUGUCUGGUUCUGACUUGGCAUGCUGUGUAUCGUAGCCUUCUGCCAGCUGUGCAGAACCAGUCGGAAUUGCCGAGAUGCUGGUCUUGAAUAAAUCACUUGUUUGUUUA